UCGGCGACGCGGUUCCAGCGCAGGGAGGCCUGGCACGGCCGUGAGGCCAACCACCACCAAAACAUCCUCCGAGGAAGGAAGCCGCAGGCGGCCUCGCCCGGUCAGAAAACCAAAAGUAAAAGGAGGGGAGACCAAGGCGCCGUCUCCCGUCCGCCGUCUCCGCGCCGCGCGACCCCUUCGGCCCGGCCGUCCUCCCCGAACCCCCCCUCCGUCUGCUGCGCCGCCGCCCGCGAAUCCGGGCCAUGGAGGCGCUGUGGAAGCAGGCCUCCAGGCUCAAGGAGCAGGUCGCGCGCCAGGGUGUGUUUAAGCAGUUUGGGGCUGGUGGCUAUGGAAAUUCUGAUAAUGCAUUCACAGACGAGUCAGAAGUUAAACUACAUCAGAGAUUGGAAAAACUUUACUUAUCCACUCGUGCUGCCAAACAUUUUCAAAGGGACGUCGUUCGGGGUGUGGAGGGCUACAUAGUGACAGGAUCUAAGCAAGUGGAGAUAGGGAACAAAUUGUCUGAUGAUAGCCAGAAAUAUGGCAUUGAAAACACAUGUACAAGUGGUAAUACUUUAUCCAGAGCUGCUACGUACUAUGGAAAGGCGCGUUCACUGAUAGAAAAGGAACGCGGGAACAUGCUGAAAGCAUUUGGUACUCAGGUGGCAGAGCCUCUACGGGCAAUGGUAAUGGGUGCCCCUCUAGAGGAUGCUAGACAUCUAGCCCAGAGAUAUGACAGAAUAAGGCAAGAAGCUGAUGCUCAGGUCGUUGAAGUUUCAAGGCGUCAAAGCAGAGUAAGAGAAUCAGCUGGGAAUAGCGACGUGAUAUCAAAGUUGGAGGCAGCUGAGUAUAAACUUGAAGAACUGAAGUCAAACAUGGUGGGAUUAGGAAAGGAAGCGGUUUCAGCUAUGGCUGCAGUAGAGGGGCAGCAGCAAAGAUUGACAUUACAACGCCUGAUUGCGAUGGUUGAGGCCGAGAGAACUUAUCAUCAGAAAGUCCUGGAGAUCCUUGACCAUUUGGAAGAAGAAAUGGUGUCUGAGCGCCAAAAAAUCGAAGCACCUCCACCCCCUGCAGCAGAGAGUUUUAUGUCACCGCCACCACCAUCAUAUGACGAAGUUAAUGGCAUGUUUGCCUCCACUUCUGCUGAUCAGGCAGUUAACUCUGUCGACUUCUUCCUGGGAGAGGCGCUCGAUUCCUUCGAGGCUGAGAGUGAGUUUGAGCUUAACUUAUCAGUUGGCGACAUCGUAAUCGUCCGGAAGAUAUCAAGCAACGGUUGGGCGGAAGGUGAAUGCAAGGGAAAAGCAGGAUGGUUCCCACAUGCUUAUGUCGAAAGACGCGAGCGUGUUCUGGCGAGCAAGGUCCCGCAUAUUUUCUAGGGGUUUUGAGGAGGAACAUAGGUAUAGGUGUUUGAUUUCAAUAGUUGAACAGCGUACUUUCAGACUUCUACAGGAUUCAUGUGGAUAGAUUGAAUUUUCGUCCUGUGAGCCAGUUUUUGUGAAGAUGAUGUACAUCUGACAUUUCAGAACACCAAACUGGCCAUAAGCAAGCUUUGUAUUGUUGUUUGAAA